GGCCUCGUGUUAUUUUCUAAAAUGCACCUCUUGACAGAUAAAAUCAUUGUUUGAGAUUUGUAUACAUCCAUACUUAAACGGCACCAUUUUCUAAACUAACUGCAGUGCACCGACCUUUGUUAAAUAUGCUUUUCUCUGUUUUGAGGGAUUUCUUUAAUGGAGUAAUCACAAAUGAAACGAUAGCAUUCUUCAAUAACAGAGACGCUUAAGUGGGUUUAAAUGGUGCAAAAGGGUGCAAAUUCGACCUUUUAUGCAGCAUACUGUCAGGGACAGGACCGGAUCCCUGCAGGCGACAUUGGAGGUGGAGCUUGAAAGUAACCGGAGAGCGAGUGUGGUCACGCAGUCGCCCUUCUCUGUGCCCUGAGCCAUGUUACAGGCUGAAACUGAGAGGGACAGGAGAAGAGGGCUCACGUCGAGGAAGUAGGAUGAUAACAUAACCUCCACUUGACAGAAAAGUUGACAGUUUCCCCGUUUCCGGAGCUGCAAUGCCGCCGCAGAGAGUCUUCGCCCUGCCGAGGCAGCAAUCUCUGCUUCUUCCUGCGGUCACCAACCCGUUUGUCCAGGACACCAAGCUGACCAGGGCUACCAUUAUAAAAUGUAUCCUGCGGGGCAUCUUCCUGGUCCCUCUCAGAUCCAUCCUCCUGGCGCUGGUUCUCAUGGUGACAUGGCCUGUGGCUGUGAUAACCACCUUCAUGCAUCCCCUGAAAGGAGCCGUGGAGCCAAUGACAGGCUGGAGACGGUUUAUGUGUCGGAGGGUGAUGGCUGCCUUGGGGAGGACCUACUACUUCUGCAUGGGCUUCAGAGUGGUUGUCAAGGGCAAGCAGGUCAGCAGCAGUGAGGCCCCCAUUCUGGCUGUGGCCCCCCACUCCACCUUUUUUGACGGGAUUGUGUGCAUCGUAGCAGGCUUGCCCUCCACCGUGUCCCGUGUCGAGAACCUGGCCACACCGAUCUUUGGCAGGUUCGUUCGCUGCCUCCAGCCCGUGCUUGUGUCGAGACAAGACCCAGACUCCAGGAAGAACACCAUCCGAGAGAUCGACAACAGAGCCAAAUCUGGGGGCCGCUGGCCACAGGUUCUGAUAUUCCCUGAAGGGACGUGUACAAAUCGCUCAUGUCUUAUCACUUUCAAACAAGGUGCCUUUAUCCCAGGUGUCCCUGUGCAGCCUGUGCUGAUGAGAUAUCCCAAUAAAAUGGAUACAGUGACUUGGACCUGGCAAGGUUUCAGCUCGAAGACCUUGCUGCUUCUUACACUUUCACAGUUCUACACCACAGUAGAGAUAGAGUUCUUGCCUCCACAGAUUCCCACAGAGGAGGAGAAGAAAAGUCCAUCUCUGUUUGCUAACACCGUGCGAAAUGUUAUGGCUCAGGCUUUGGGAGUUCCGGUGACUGACCACACAUAUGAAGACUGUCGUCUUAUGAUCUCAGCUGGGGAGCUGACACUGCCCAUGGAGGCUGGCCUGGUGGAGUUCACCAAAAUCAGCCGCAAGCUCAACCUGAAGUGGGACAAUGUGAAGAAGGAGUUGGAAGGCUUUGCAGCCAUGGCUACCUCCUGUAAGGGAGGGCGCAUCAACAUUGAGGAGUUUGCCAGCUUUCUGAAGCUACCUGUCAGCCCAGCCCUUGAAGAGCUGUUUGCGCUGUUUGACAGGAAUGGAGAUGGCACCAUAGACUUCAGAGAAUACGUUAUAGGUGUGACCAUCUUGUGUCGACCGGCUAACACAGACGAUGUUCUUCGCAUGGCUUUCCAGUUGUUUGACACAGAUGAGGAUGAGAGAAUCACCCGGGAGGAGUUUACUGCUCUGCUGCGCUCGGCUCUGGGUGUAUCGGAUCUGAACAUGGCCAAGCUCUUCAAGGAGAUUGAUGCUGACGGCUCCGGCUUCAUCACUUUUGCUGAAUUUCAAGCGUUCGCCAAGAGCCACCCCGAGUAUGCCAAACUCUUCACCACCUACCUUGAGCUUCAGCGAUACCAAGCCCUGCAGAAGGUGGGAGCAGACGAUGUGGAAGAGGCCAAUCACACUAGUUCAGGGGACUCACAGGAAGACAGCACCUCGGAUAAGAAAGAUGACUGAAACAAACACGGACUCUGCUUGACUGCACCGACAGACAUGCCGCUGUGUCUGCUGCACUGAGAGGGCAAAUGCAAAAUGUCUUUUGCACUGACUGAUUUUUAGCAAACUGAAAUCUUUUAUCACAUGCAGAGCCAUAUGAUGAAACAACUCGUGCUUGCCUUUUUUAUAGACAUAGUUGGUUUUUUUUUUUUUUAGAGUGCUGCUAUUGUCAAUUUUAGUGCCUUACAUAGAUUUUCAAGAGCUACGGCCCCCAGCCAGAAACUCCUUAUUGCAGACCUUUUAGUAUCUGUUCAGUUUUGUGUGUAUUCCUGCCUUGCUAAUGUGUUCAGUAGACAAAAUAAAUGAAAAGUUAUUAAUAGGAUAAAAAUAAAUAUUUUAUUUGCAUAAUGGAUACAUGCCAUUCUGUGGGCAAAAAAGUAAAGAUAUGUAAUGCUUCACUUAAUGUUAUUUUUUAAUUCAAAAUCCUACAGUUUGUUGCAAAAGCCAAUAAUGCUUGUGCAUUACUCUACUAGUAUUACUUUUCAUUAAUGAUUAUAUGGGGUUCAUAGAAAUGCCAACAAACAGAUUUUUUUUUUUUUUUUUUGCAAAUGAACUUUUCUGAUGUGUAAGGAAACAUCCAUGUUGGAUCUUAUCUUAAGAAGUGUGUCAUGUGGAUCCCCAGCUGUGUUUUAAUGGGCCCAACCCUGCAUAUUUAUUAGAAUUCCAGUGUCUGUGAUAUUUCAUAAUCAUUACUAUUAGGUAUUGUAUUUUUUGUUUUGUUUUGUUCUUUAAACUGAACUGCCCUGCUUUAUCAUUGCCGUGAAUAUCCCUCUGUAUCCUUAGUUUACCUUAGCUUGGAUGUAACCAAACGAGGAACUGUAUACCUAUGAUUUGUAAAUCACUAGAAAGAAUGCCAGACAUCGGCCUUUUCAUAAGGAGAGUGCUCUCAUGCUUGUGUUUUGUGGUAUAAUUAGUGUUUGCUUUAUUAAGAUAUACCCAAUCUGGCAUCCCACAGAGGUCUGUAUUGAAGUUAUGUCUAUGAAGAGCCUACAUGCUGUUCUUAACACUUUUUUCCAGCACUCAGGGACACAGACCUUGUAAGACGGCUGUAUAAUUAGCCAAAGGUUUUGCUUUGCAUGUGUUUCUAUUUGCAUUUCUAUUGAAGAGUGUUGUUGCUGAGACAGCAGCAUGUCUGCGCAGCUUUAAGUCUACUAAAGCACAGCAAGCACUGAAAAUAGGGCAAUUUGUGAGCAAAAAGGCAACGGUUCCUGUUCACAAGAGCAUACUCCACAGGGAUAUGCGUUCAGAUUAACUAGCUGCAUUGUUAUUUAUUUAGCAGGGUGCAUUGCAAUUACGUGAGUUUUUGUUAACACAGCAAAAUUUUGCCUUUUGCAAUAAAACAAGAGUACAGUUUCAACUCUCUCCCGACUUGUGUUUUUGUAUUUCACGGCGAGGAAGGUGGUAAUGAGUGUGCCAUAGGCUUUGUUUGUAAUAAGGUGUGAACGCAAUAAAUGUGUUGGGGCUGUGUCCUCUUGUUCUCCAAACCACCACCAGGUGCCAGCAGCCAUCCAUUUCAACCACUCCAGUCUGUGUCUGUGUCUGCUCUUGCACUGCUGUGCUUGAGAGAAGCAGUCUGAAUUUUAGACCAUCUUCACCUCACUUUUUCAGGUUGUGGGGAGAAGAGGAUGGGGUUUAGGGAAGGGUAAGGGUAGCAGGGUUUCUAAAUCCUCAAAGAACACUUGAAUUUCAAUGUCGUAUCUUCACGGUUUGAAAAAUGCUUGGAUUUUCAAUGUGCUUGAAACUGCUUGACAUUGUAAUCACAUUACUUUGAUAUUAAAUUGCUGGGUUGAUAACA